AUGGGGGAUCUCAAUUUGGAUUUCUCAUCCGAUUCGGAGUUGAGCUCCGUGCCGUCAUCACCAACAUUAGCAGCGCAGUCAUCACCCGAGCCAGCAGAGCGGUACCCAACGCCUUCAUCCCAAGUGGGAGCUGAGUCUGCUGAGGGUUCUGCGCGCCAAGCCCGUCCCGCAAAGAGGAGACGAAACCCCCUACCAAAGGAACGAACUACUCAAUAUCUCGAUCUAUCUGAACCUCUCUAUGAACAAAAUGCCCAACACUAUUUGCUAGUUCAAACUCUGCGUCAUCAAAAAGACAUUGUCGUCAUCGCUGGCGCUGGAAUUUCCACGGCCGCGGGUAUUCCGGACUUCCGCUCCACAGAUGGGCUCUUCAAAUCAUUGCAGAAAAAGCACAAUCUAAAAGCUUCCGGCAAGCUUCUUUUCGAUGCUGCCGUCUACCAGGAUGACGCAUUGACGGCGCCCUUCCACGAAAUGGUCCGGUCGCUGUCGGCGGAGGUUGCUAAUAUUAAGCCCACCGCCUUCCACCAAAUGCUUGCCCGAUUAGGUAUCGAGUCUCGCCUGAAGCGACUUUACACCCAAAAUAUCGAUGGGAUUGAAACCUCUAUGCAGCCACUGGCGACUGAGGUCCCACUUAACGUCAAGGGCAGUUGGCCAGUCACUAUUCAACUGCACGGCAGUAUUGAGAAGAUGGUAUGCCAGAAGUGUUGCUACCUCGACAACUUCAACCCCGACAUGUUCAUGAAAGCCGACCCGCCCGCUUGCACAGAAUGUAUUGAGACCGACGAAGCCCGCCAAAUCGGCGGUCACCGAAGCCACGGAAUUGGCCGCAUGCGCCCGCGCAUCGUGCUCUACAAUGAGCACAAUCCUGACGAAGAGGCAAUCACCUCCGUGAUGAACGCCGAUAUCAAGUCCCGUCCUCGUGUCCUAAUUGUCGCCGGGACCAGCUUGAAGAUUCCCGGAGUCCGUCGACUCGUCAAGAGCUUGUGCACGAUGAUCCGCAGUCGCAAGGAUGGUGUCACGAUGUUCAUCAACAACGAACCACCAAGCGGCAAAGAAUUCGAUAACUGCUUUGACUUGAUCGUCAAGGGGUCAUGUGAUGAAGUUGCACAUGAAGUUAACCUCAAGUCAUGGGAGUCAGAGGACACUACCCCAUACGUGUACGAAUCCACGCCCGAGCCCAUUCUUCGUCCCUCAAAUUCCACGGGCAUUUCUGUCGUAGUCACACCGAAAAAGAGACCUCGUGCAGACACUGGUCUCGCCACGCCUUCUUCCAGCCACGACGAGAAGCCCACGAAAAAGCCAGUCACCAAAGCUUCGAAAAUCAAGAUCCAAAACCCAGCAAGCAGUGGCCGGUCCAUCAAAGAUAUUAUCAAGAAAGAAAAGCCUGCUGCUCGCAAGCCUACCUCCAAGUUCAUCACCAAGCCCGCCCCCAAUCCUCGACCCAAAAAGGCCGCAACAGCCGCCGCCUCGAAAAAGAGUGCCAUACCCGCCGUUCCGGUCAAGAAAAUCGCCUCGUUCGGCCGUGUUACCAAAACCUCUCAAUAUGCUGGCAAGCUCGUUGCAAAGGCCGACGGCAAACCUAUGCAACCGGUCUCAGCGGGCGCCUCGAGGAACAACGGUCCUCUGCCAACAACAGAGCAGCCCGAGAAGGCAGACAUGCUCGAUACAGAGUCUCUUCCUCGGCCAGUGGCUUCCUCUUGA